AUGGGCACUUUCCAAUUUAUUGGAAAAUUGCUGAGCCUCGCUGCAACAUCAUUAUGUCCCGUGGCAACCGUCUCGUCUAUUAGAGCCCUAGGUCCUCUGCUGACGGUAAUGGGAUACCGCAUAUACUAUAAAGUCCGCUUCCCAUCUUACACCUAUCUGUCUCUCAUUCCGUUGGUUUUAGGCGUUGUUAUCAUCGUCGUGUCGCAGUCUGGAGAUAAAGACUCCACAAGGGGCGCUAUAUCGGACCCGCAACUCAGCAGCCAGGAGGACGGAGAAAAAACCAUGCUGCGAGUAAUGCUUUUGGAGAAGUCCGAUUACCUCAAAGGUAUAGCAUUUGCGUUUGCGUCAGCUGUCAUUUUUGCUGGUCAAUCGAUAUACGCCAAAAACGUUGUCACUCCGUCAUCAUACUCUGCGGCUCGAGAUCCCGGAUCGCUCGCGAUCAGCAGGGGGUCAUCGGUGAACUCCGAUGUUGAGAAGUAUCCUUCUCCUUCAGAGCAUCUAAAGCCUGAACGGACUGGAGACUACGAGAUCGCUCUUGAUAAGCCAGAUAAACUUACAACUCUUAUUUAUUGUGCCACAUAUGGGAUGCUAUACUCGAUACCUGCAUUCAUCACAUACGAAAGCUACGAGCUAUUUUUCGGUGUGAGAAAAGUUUCCGAAUCCACUUUUGCCCCUAACUACGGUUACAUACCCUGGACCAUGCUGGUGCUGAACGGAAUUAGUCAUUUCAGUCAAUCAUUGCUGGCAUUCCAUAUUCUUGCUCUGCUGCCCACUGUUACAUACUCGAUCGCAGCCAUGAUGAAAAGAAUAGUCAUCAUCAGCGUCAGCAUGAUCAUUACCGGCAAAAGACUCUCCUUGCUGGAGAUCACUGGUUUGGUUCAUGUUGCUAUUGGCCUCUAUUGCUACGAUCGAUGGGGCUCGGAGCGGUAA